AAUUCACUCGAAGACGGGAUUUCUACUUGGUGCGGCGAUGGAAGCAAAGCCAGAGCCAAAGCCGAAUACACCGUUACCAUUUCCCUUCUCUUUCUCUUGUUAUCGGUUUUCUUUGUAUUCCUCUCCAUUUUUGUUCGAAUUUCACUUUUCUAAAAUUCCAAUCUCAUUAAACAUUUAAAAUCUCCCGAAAGGCUUCAAUUCCCUUGUUUCAUUAUGCCAGGGUUUGAACUUUGGUCGAGGAAUUUACUCUCCAAUGACCCAUCUCAGAGUAGUUCUACCUCAUUCAUUUAUGGUGGCAUAUUUCUCGAGCCCACCAUUUCCAUUUCUUCUUCUUUUGUUAGUCUUAUUUCUUCGAGAAAUAGUUCAAUUAGCGUUUCGAAUUUGGUUUCUUGUUCUGAACAUAAGAUUUUUAGGGGAUUUUGGAGAGAAAGGAGUAGCAGCAGUCAAGUGGCAGUCAGUGGUUUGUUCUUGUCGGUGAGCUUGAGAAACGAUGGGCAUCAGCUCGUGGAGGAAAAGAUCUGUUUGGUGCAAAAUGGAGAUGCCAAGAGCGCCAUUGAGGAGGAGAAGGUGCUUGAUGGAGGUAAUGCGGUUCGGGAAGAAAGAAGGAAACGGAAGGUUACCAUAGGAGGAAGUAAAGCAAUGAAUACCACUAAACAUUUAUGGGCUGGAGCUAUUGCAGCUAUGGUUUCAAGAACUUUUGUUGCCCCACUCGAGAGAUUAAAGCUGGAAUACAUGGUUCGUGGUGAGCAAAAGCAUAUAAUUGACCUCAUUAAAACAAUUGCUACUACUCAAGGUGUGAAAGGCUUUUGGAAGGGUAACCUUGUCAACAUUCUCCGAACUGCUCCAUUUAAAGCUGUCAAUUUCUGUGCAUAUGAUACGUAUAGGAAACAGCUGCUCAGAUUCUCUGGGAAUGAGGAAACCACAAAUUUUGAGAGGUUCAUUGCUGGUGCCGCCGCUGGCAUUACUGCGACCAUUCUCUGUUUACCACUUGACACUAUCCGGACCAAGAUUGUUGCACCUGGUGGGGAGGCAUUGGGUGGGGUUAUUGGUGCUUUUCACCACAUGAUUGGAACUGAAGGUUUCUUUUCCCUUUACAAGGGCUUGGUGCCUUCUAUAAUAAGCAUGGCACCUUCUGGGGCGGUUUUCUAUGGUGUGUACGAUAUAUUGAAGACUGCUUAUCUGCGUUCGCCUGAUGGCAGGAAAAGAAUAGAGAAUAUGAAUCAACAUGGACAGGAAUUGAGUGCUUUGGACCAGCUAGAACUGGGACCAAUCAGGACAUUGCUAUAUGGAGCAAUUGCUGGCGCUUGUGCAGAGGCUGCUACUUACCCAUUUGAAGUUGUAAGGAGACAACUUCAACUGCAAGUUCGGGCUACUAAGAUGAGUGCACUGGCAACCUUUGUCAAGAUUGUUGAGCAAGGUGGAAUUCCUGCUCUGUAUGCAGGACUCAUUCCCAGUUUACUGCAGGUACUUCCUUCAGCAUCAGUAAGUUACUUCGUCUACGAGUGUAUGAAGAUUGUCCUCAAAGUAGAAUGAAUAUUGAUUAUGAAUCCUUUAGAAAAUAACCAGUAGGAUGCUGUACAGUGGCCCAAAGGUGAGCAAAGGACAUAAAUCAAAAUGGUGGAAUCUCAUUUACACUAAAAUUAUCAUUGAUUUUGUCAACAUAUUCUUGUAUUUUAAACUGAGGAAAUAAAGUACCUUUCUCAAAAAUCUACGAUCUCCUUUGCUAUAA